AUGACGCGGCGAGCCAAGGAGCAGCGCCAGAAGCGGCUCGCGCAGCGGCUGGCGUACGAGACGCCGGAAGAGAUCGAGCGCCGGCUGCAGUGGCGUGCGCUUCUCGACACGAUCGAUGCGGCGGCCGACCACGCGCCUGCCGUCGUCGCCGACGAGACGACGGCCAAGGUCCGCGCCCGGACGCUCUCAGCGCCCGACGUCCUGAGCUGGAAGAGCAGCCACGCGAUCGUGGCGGCGAGCGGCAAGUUCGACCUGCCCGUGCGCGUCGAGUACGAGGACUCGGAGGUCUCGUACGAGUUCCAUACGAAGGAGAUGGACAUUGUCUUCUCGAUCCGGUUCGUGGACGCGGCGACGGGCCUCGACCGCUUCCUCAUCUCGCCCACGCGCUGCGCGUCGCACGAGAGCGCGGUGAAAGGCUGCCACCACGUCCGCGGCCCCGGCGUCCUCACGUUAACGUGGGACAAUGAGUUUUCGUGGAUCAACCAGAAAGAGCUGAGCUACGCCGUCGAGCUGCACCAGAACGUGCCCCACCUGGCGCCGCUCGUGCCGGCCAACACGGCGCGGGACACGCUGCAGCGCGAGCUACGCCUGCGCCAAGCCGCGUUCGACGAGAAAGCGGACGUCCUCGCGACGCUCCAAGCCAGCGUCGACUCUCGUCAGGCAAAGAUCCUCGACCUCGAACAGCAACUCGCGCGCUUGCAAAUGGAGCUCGUGACAACCGUGGACGAGCAGUCGAAAGCGACGGCGGAGCUUCAAGAAGUCGCCCGCGACGUAGAGGUCCUGGAGAGCGAGCUCACAGCGCUGGCGUGGCGGACGCUGCCGACACCGAUGGUCGAACAUGUCCUCUCGUUUGGCACCAAGGCCGACUGGAAGCAAUGGAUCGUCAUCAACAAGAAGUGGCACGGGAUCAUCUCUGGCUUCAAGCCUGUGAAAAGCGACGACUAG